AUGCCCAAGUUCAAGAUACGAAUACAACUAUCUCCAAAUAAUUUCACGAUAAAUCAUCUUACUUGGUGUAUGCGUGUUGCAGCUUAUGAGUGGACAGCCAUUGACGGAGCACAAGGCGCUGUUGCAAGACUUGUGCAGCACGCCGCAGUCGCUUUUCUUCGGCCGCCGGCAGCUCUGGCAAGCGAUCCAAUUGGUCGGGUGAUCCGCAUCCGGAUAAUGUGGAGAUUCCUGAAAUAA